AUGGAUUAUAGCCUAGAUGAAAGCUCAAUAGAAGUUCUCAAAAAAGUGUUUGCAUGGAGCGAUUUUGACGGUGACGGCUUAGUUAGGUAAAAGCUACUCAGUCGCGAAGAUUUGAAGAUGUCAAGCGGUCUUGAAAAAGAUGAAGAAGUCGAAGCUUUAUUUUUUGCUUUAAAAGAAUCAUCUGGCUGCAGUAAAUUUAGUAGCAGCAUCACUUUUGAAGAAUUCUGAGCUUCAUGAACUUUUUUGCACAGAAAAAUGUCAAUUCAGGCAUUUUCUGUGAAAUAUUUUAUGGAGAUUUUAGCUCAAAAAAGCUUAUUAGUUUUGUGAUAUAAUGUAUAAAGGAAAAAGAUGCUGGGUAAAAUUUUUAACCAAAAGAUCCGCUACAAAUUCUGCAAAGGAAUUAUUGAUCUUCCUUUCAUACUUGAAAUAGAAAUAAAAUGGUGAUGUAACAGAAAUUGGUACUCUUUAUGGAGCAGGUAGGACAUCUUGAUUUAGCGGAAAUAGUUUCUAUGUUUUUUUUUGAGUAGGUCUUCAGGCUUGGGGAACCCUUACUGAAAGGAGAAGUUUUAUUUCUCUCUCCGAGGUUUUCCUGUCCCUGACAGAUGUGCGAGACAAGUUUUGCCUACCUAUAGCCUUUUCUCAUCAAGACCAUCAGGGGCACCUCAUAGGAGAUGUCUCUGCCUCGGGAGCUAUUCCUUAAGCAUGCAGUUCAGGUCAGAAAUCGAGGGUUUAAACCCCUUUAACCAAGAUGAGCAACACCUAUUCAGCUUUCUUGCAUAUGUCUAGCAUAAUCUUAACUUUGACUUUCAUGCUUGAGCAAUUUAAACAAGAUUUUGAGGCCACCCCAAAACAUUUCAAACCCUUAUAUGACGAAAGCAGCUUCGAAUCCUACGAUUUUAAUCGGCAAAUGAAAGACGACUGCUGCUACAAAAUUUCUGAAGGCGCAGGCCUAGAUACCAUGCUAUUUUUCUUUGACGGCCUCCAAGACACAAUUUUUAAUUUCAAUAAAGCGUUAAGGGGGUCCUUUUCUCCUUCCUCAGAAAAAACUGCUGACGAUUUGCUUGAUAUUUUGUCUGCUAUGAUAAAUCGGCUCCAAAACAAGGCUCAGCGUGAUAAUUUAUCCUUGCUAGAAGACGUAUCAUCAGGCUGUGCAAGACUUUUUAGACUGAUGAAAGAAGUAAUCCAAUAUUACGCUGACUCUAUGAAAGAGCUGAAAAAUAGGCUAAAUGAGUCAUUGCUUGUGAAUGAUUCUUUUAAACAGAGAUGCAAUAGACUUGAAGAGUCAAAUAAUAUGCCAUUUUUAAUGAGAAAAAAUAUUUUUCGUUAGCUUAUUUUAUAUAAAAAUAGGAUAAUAUUAAUGAAUAGCAGCUUCUAUUUAUUAUUUAUAUGUAUAAAUUAAUUAAGCAGCUUGGCAGAUUAGAGCAUGAAACCAAAGAAACAAGAAUCGCCCAUAGUGAAGCUUUAGCUCAGCAACAAAUGCUUCAAUACCAGCUUAAAAAAGCUGAAAAUUCUGAAGUUGACGCUUUAAACCAAAUAUCCUCAAUCCAAGAAACCAUUAUUAUCAAAGAAGACGCAAUUGCACAGCUAGAAAAAGAAGUGAGAAGGCUUAACAGUAUAAAAAAAAUCCAAGAAAUGAGAGGGACUUUAGGAAGGACUCCACAAGACAUCAAAAGAAUCCAAGUCCAAAAGCAAGAAAACAGGCAAAGUGUCCCAACUUCUUUUAGAUUUAUAGACUCUGAAGUAAACGGAAGAGCUACCUCAGGUGAAACAAUUUUAGAUUUUAGGAUUCAAGCUUUGUCUCACCAAUUGAAAAUUAAAGAAGAAAUUAUUCAGAAAAAUGAGCAGGAAAUUAAAAAAGCAAAUGCUAAUGAAACGGUUAUGAUGCAGGAAAUUGGGCAUUUAAAAGCACAAGUUUCGAAUUUGUUGAUAAGGUUAAAAGAAGAACAGCUGAAUAAUCAGCUUUAUAAAAUAACAGAAGAAGGGGAAGCAGUUAUGAGUGAUAGGAGUCUGUUUGAAGAAAUUGCGGUGCUUGAAGCUAGGAGUGAUAGUGUAAAAGAGGGGAAAAAUAAGAAAGUGGCUGCUUUUGAUAGGAGUACACAAACACAAUUUAAUAGUGAAAUGGAGAUUAUUGGCAGGAAUAGGAAUCAGAAAACUGAUAAAAGGUCAGAUUGUUGGCUGUGUUUUUAA